AUGAGCUUCCCGGGGUCGUCAACCAUUACACUCCUAGCCAAUCCUGGAGACACUGGUGGUGACACUGGCGGCGACACUGGCGGCGACACUGGCGGCGAAAUUGGCGGCGAAGCUGGUGGCGACACUGGUGGAGACACUGGGGGUCCGGGCGGAGACGCUGGCGGCGAUCAGGGCGGUCCUGAGGGCCCUCCUGGUGGCGACAAUGGGAGUCCGGAAGGCGGCGAUGGCGCGCCACUUAUCGGAGCUGGCGGAAACGGCGGAAGUGGCGGAAAGGGCGGAAACGGCGGGAGUGGCGGAAAGGGCGGAAAGGGUGGGAAGGGAGGAAAGGGCGGAAAGGGAGGGAAAGGGGGCAAGGGGGGAAAGGGAGGGAAACCUGGUAACCAGCAGGGCGGGCCUGGCGGAGAGCAGGGGGCUCCUGGCGGAGAAACUGGCAAUGGCGGGGAUACCGGCAGUGACGGAGGUAUCGGCGGAGAUUUUGGCGGAGAUACGGGCAGUGGCGGCGACAUUGGGGUAGGCGGUCCCGGCGGAGACGUGGGCGGCAAGGGCGGAAAGGGAGGGAAAGGGGGCAAGGGGGAAAGGGAGGGAAACCUGGUAACCAGCAGGGCGGGCCUGGCGGAGAUCAGGGGGCCCCUGGCGGAGAAACCGGCAAUGGCGGGGAUACCGGCAAUGGCGGGGAUACCGGCAGUGGCGGAGACAUCGGCGGAGAUUUUGGCGGAGAUACCGGCAGUGUCGGCGACAUUGGGGUAG